UUUUAUUUUUCGUAAUAGCAGCUCGGUGGUAAUCCCAGUUCUUCCCAGUUGAUAUCUACAAGCACCAAGUAGAAGAAGAAGAAGCGCAGCGAGAUGCCUUUGGCUAAAGACCUCCUUCACCCCUCUCUUGAAUAUGAAAGGAGACAACACAAAAAGAAAAGACUUGUUCAGAGUCCAAACUCCUAUUUUAUGGAUGUCAAGUGUCCAGGAUGCUACAAGAUCACGACCGUGUUCAGCCAUGCACAGACGGUGGUUCUUUGUGUGGGAUGCUCCACAGUGUUGUGUCAGCCUAAAGGAGGAAAAGCCAGACUCACAGAAGGCUGUUCUUUCAGGAGGAAGCAGCAUUAAAAGGAAACAUUCAUUCUAAAAUGCCCAUUAUGAAAUCCCUGGUUCAGAUGUCACUAUGCAGAUGGAUACAAAUCAUCUUUGUGAUUUUAUAAGGUUGCUAUAAAAUAUGCCUUUAAUACAAUUUACUAGUCAAUAAAAAAAGUGGCAACAAUUGAA